AUGGAUAACUUGAGGAUUUUAAUGAUGGCGCUUUUUAGCGGUUUAACUUGUACAAAGGCAGGCAGGUUCGAUCCAUCCAAAGUGGGGCCACUUCCUCGACCUCCUCCUAACUUUAUGAAUGCUAGUCAGCUCAUAACUUAUCACGGCUAUGAGGCAGAAACAUAUAACGUGCAUACAGAGGAUGGCUACAUUCUGCCCCUUUACCGGAUAGCCAAUAAGCCAGGACCUCCAGUUCUGUUAAUGAUGGGUCUCGGACUUGGACCGGAACUUUGGGUCCUCCGGGGUUCAGGUCACGAUUUAGGUUUUAUUCUGUCUGAUUUGGGAUAUGAUGUUUGGCUCGGUUCUAUGAGAGGAAAUCAUAAAACAUCGAAUAUUAGGUAUAAUACAUCACAGCCUGAAUUCUGGGAUUUUAGCCAUGACGAAAUUGGUUACUAUGAUUUGCCGGCUAUGAUAGAUCAGAUUCUAAAGAAGAGUACCUACUCUAAAUUGUACUAUGCCGGUGCUUCCUUGGGAUCUACAAUCUAUAUGGUAUUGUGUUCAGAAAGACCUGAGUAUCAAGCAAUGUUUUCUGGCUCAGUUCACUUUGGACCUGCAAUGUGGAUUCCUCAAUGGGAUAUGUUCACUUUGGGAACAAAGAUAUAUCUAAGUUUUUUGGAAUUUGCACUAGGCAUUUUGAAGGUCUUUGGUGUAUUAACUGUCUCUAAUGGAAGCCCUUCUUUUGAUGCUUGGCUAAAGGACUUUUGCAAUAGUCCCAUUUCUGGUAUUUUCUGUUAUUGGGGACUUGAUAUGAUAGCUGGCUUUAAUAGAAACAAUAUGGAACCCAAUUGGGGUGGAUACACCCUGGGAGAGACUGCUUCAGGAUCAUCGAUCAGAUCUGUUCAACAUUUGAUUCAACUAACAAGGAAAGGUGGCACCCAAAAGUAUAAUUGGGGUCCCAAUGUAAACUUUGAGAAGUAUGGAUCUUAUGAACCUCCUUCUUAUAGUCUUUCAAAAAUCAUGUCACCGACAGCUAUUUAUUAUUCAAAAAUAGAUAAACUUAUACCAUAUGAAGCCACGAAAAUUACACUUUCAAACAUUGGAAACAUAAGGCAUGCAAUGGCAGUACCUGACCCUACUUACGGCCAUGUUGAGUUUAUUUAUGGCAAAAAUUUAUACAAACUUUUGUUUAGUAAUGUUGUUGAUUUUCUGGAUAGUUUAUCGGGAGUGGAUAGUAGUCCGUCAAUGCAUGGAAGUAAAUAA